CGCGUUUUCCAGCACCACAUUCCGCUUCUUCUUCUGAACACUCACCUCCUUCAUCAGUCCUGCGCGCGCGAGCGAAUUCACCACUUUUCUACCCUCAUUUAUUUAUUUUCCUUUCUACCCCCACCUCCGGAUAUUCUCUCUUGGAUAUCUCUGGACUUCAUGAUAGACAUCGGACACGCCUGACAGAACGGAGCCAGUUAUGGACCAGAAUCUCUUUGGAGGAGCCCCUCGGUUUCUGUCCCGGCCCAAAUCGUUCUCUCUGAGUGUGGGUCGAGAUGCUACCCUCAGCUGCACCGUUGUAGGGACCCCUGUCCCUGCAGUCACAUGGGAAAAAGACAAACUGUGUAUUUCCACUGGAGGGCGCUUCAAGACCGUAGAGGAUGGGGAUGUGUAUCGACUCACCAUCUACAACCUGACGCUAGAGGACAGUGGGCAGUACAUGUGCCGUGCAAAGAACAACGUAGGUGAAGCUUACGCAGCUGUGACCCUGAAAGUGGGUCCUCCAGUAGCAGCGGUCGACCGGGCACCGGUGUUUACGGUUAAGCCCGUCUCAAGCAGAGUGGGUUUGGGUGGUGAUGUUACCUUCUUCUGUCGUGUGGCAGCUCACCCAGCUCCAAAAUUUGACUGGGAGAAGGAUGGACGUUACCUAGGUGAGACCAAUCGCAUCAAGAUCGUGUCAGACAGCGAGUCCAGCUCAGUGCGGAUUCAGAGCGUCAGGAACAUGGACAGCGGCACUUAUACUUGCCGGGCUCAAAACUCCAUCGGUCGAGCGCAAUCCGCCGCCGCUCUGGUGGUGGACACGCAGGACACGCGACUUCUCAACGCUGACAAAAGCACCUCCCUGCUGUCUCACCUGCAGAAGCGCAAAGAGGAGAUGCGUAAGGAUAUUUCUCUUUUGCCCAUGUCUGAGAGCUACUCCCAGUCCUCCUCAUCCUCGUCUAAUAUCAUGGAAGGGCUUAGCAAAUUGGGCAUUGCCUCUGAGCAGGAGCAGCGAGUCUCUGCUUUGACUGGUAGACUACCCAAAGGUGUCUUCACCCGAACCUGUACGGUGACUGAGGGCAAGCAUGCCAAGCUCAGCUGCUUUGUCACCGGUCACCCCAAACCUCAGAUCAUCUGGAGGAAGGAUGGAAUGAACAUCGUUGAAGGUCGUAGGCACGUCAUGUAUGAGGACCAAGCAGAGAACUUCAUUCUCAAAGUCCUGUACUGUAAGCAAAGUGAUAAUGGCUUCUACACCUGUAACGCCUCUAACUUAGCUGGACAAACCUACAGCGCAGUUCUGGUGACCGUGAAAGAGCCAACAGUGCCGUUUAAGAAGAAGCUGCAGGACGUGGAGGUGAAGGAGAAGGAGACUGCUAUGUUGCUGUGUGAGGUGCCUACGCCGAGUACUCAGGCCUCCUGGUUCAUGGAGGAGACUCGCCUGGAGCAGAGCACCAAGUACCGCAUGGAGCAGGAGGGCACGAUGCGUCUCCUCACCAUCCACAACGUCACGACCAACGACGACGCCGUUUACGUCUGCGAAAUGAAGGAAGGGAGCCGCACUGUGGCCGAGCUCACUGUUCUGGGAAACAUAACCAAGAAGUUGGCCAGAAGGACAAUCGUGCCAGUGAGCGAUACGGUGAUCUUCUGCGUGGAGCUCGAGCACCCUUUUGAAGACGCUUAUUGGACCAGGAAUGGAGAGAAGCUGAAGGAGAACUCCAGGGUCAUUAUUGCUCGCACGCUUAAUCGGUACACGCUCACCAUCCGUGACUGCACUGCAGAAGACUCAGGCGAGGUGGCGUUCAUCGCCGGCGACUGCAAGACUUCCACACGGUUCUCAGUUACAGCACCAAGGAAACAUCCUCCUGAUGCCCCGGUCAAACCGAUUGUGUUGAACAAGACGGACAACUCCAUCACUCUGAGUUGGUCUCGGCCAGACAGCGAGCGACCCGUCCCCAUCAACGGCUACGUGGUGGAGAGGCGGAAGGUGGGAGCUCAGACAUGGGUUCGAGUCACAGGCAUGGAGCUUGUGUCUACCAGCCAGUACACCAUCAGCAACAUCACAGAGGAGAGCAGCUACCAGUUCCGCAUUUCAUCCGUUAACGAUUUUGGGCAGAGUGCCUAUCUGGAGGUUCCUGGAACGUUUUAUCUUGAACCGUCUGCCUCGGUGACGUCAGGUCUUCGAAACUGCACCGCCGUGUCCGACGGGGAGGCCACCUUCAGCGUGGAGCUCUCUGCAACCUGCUCCGGAGCUUGGACGCUGAAUGGCCAACUGAUCCGCAGCGGAGUCGACUACCUCAUAACUCGCUCGAAGACCACGCACACGCUGGUGAUCAGGAAGGUGACCGAGGUGCUGGAUGGAGCUCAGAUCAAAUUCGUUGGUGGAGGAUCGGAAAGCGUCUGCACUCUAAGCGUAAAAGCUGCUCCAGCAUGUUUUACCAAAAAAUAUUCUGAAGCAGACGUCUUUACGUUCAGCGCUCACUCUUCUGCCCAGCUCUACACAGAGGUGUCAGACGCCAGUGUCCAGGUCUCCUGGAUAAAGAACGGUAAGGAAUUAAGGCUGGGGAAAAAGUACGAAGCCUCAAGCGUGGGAAACAAACGCACGCUGACCGUUCAUAACGUGACUCACGAGGAUGCAGGGAUUUAUGAGUGUGUUUGUGACGGCGAUAAGAUGUCCAUCCAACUCGCUAUUAAAGAGGAAGCAGCGAAGUUUGUGAACAAGCCCAAGACUCAACCCCUGGAGGUUUCUCCCUUGAUGGGUGAUGUGGCACUGAGUUGUGAGGUGGCAUCGCCUACAACCACUGUUGUGUGGAAGAAGGAGCAUAAAGAAAUAGUGGAGGACAACAGGGUGACCUUAGUGUCCCAGGGGACACAGAGAAAGCUGGUUAUCAAAGGAGCCAAGCAGAGCGACGAAGGACAUUAUUCAUGUGAGACGACAGAGGACAAGGUCGCAUUCAGGGUCAGAGUACAAGAACCUCAAGCCACUUUCACCAACAAAGAAACCUAUCAGAAGGAGGUGAAAGUUUCUGUCUCUCAGAAAGCCACGCUGAGCUGUGAAGUGUCCGACUCCAAAACUGAAGUGAAAUGGUAUAAAGACGGCAAACAGAUGAUCUCCGGUAAGACCGUCCACGUGGAGACGAAGGGCAAAAUCCGUCAACUGGUGUUGGACAGUGUGGAGAAGAAGGACGCUGGAGAUUACACCUGUGAAGUAGGGAAGGAGAAGCUGGUCUUUAAGAUCCAUGUGAUGGCUGCCCCAACAGAACCUCAAGCCACUUUCAUCAACAAAGAAACCUAUCAGAAGGAGGUCAAAGUUUCUGCCUCUCAGAAAGCCACGCUGAGCUGUGAAGUGUCCGACUCCAAAACUGAAGUGAAAUGGUAUAAAGAAGGCAAAGAGAUGAUGUCCGGUAAGACCGUCCACGUGGAGACGAAGGGCAAAAUCCGUCAACUGGUGUUGGACAGUGUGGAGAAGAAGGACGCUGGAGAUUACACCUGUGAAGUAGGAAAGGAGAAGCUGGUCUUUAAGAUUCAUGUGGAAGAAUCUCAAGCCACUUUCAUCAACAAAGAAACCUAUCAGAAGGAGGUGAAAGUUUCUGCCUCUCAGAAAGCCACGCUGAGCUGUGAAGUGUCCGACUCCAAAACUGAAGUGAAAUGGUAUAAAGACGGCAAACAGCUGAUCUCCGGUAAGACCGUCCACGUGGAGACGAAGGGCAAAAUCCGUCAACUGGUGUUGGACAGUGUGGAGAAGAAGGACACUGGAGAUUACACCUGUGAAGUAGGAAAGGAGAAGCUGAACUUUAAGAUCCAUGUGGAAGAAGCUCAAGCCACUUUCAUCAACAAAGAAACCUAUCAGAAGGAGGUCAAAGUUUCUGCCUCUCAGAAAGCCACGCUGAGCUGUGAAGUGUCCGACUCCAAAACUGAAGUGAAAUGGUAUAAAGAAGGCAAACAGCUGAUCUCCGGUAAGACCGUCCACGUGGAGACGAAGGGCAAAAUCCGUCAACUGGUGUUGGACAGUGUGGAGAAGAAGGACGCUGGAGAUUACACCUGUGAAGUAGGAAAGGAGAAGCUGGUCUUUAAGAUCCAUGUGGAAGAACCUCAAGCCAUGUUCAUCAACAAAGAAACCUAUCAGAAGGAGGUCAAAGUUUCUGUCUCUCAGAAAGCCACGCUGAGCUGUGAAGUGUCCGACUCCAAAACUGAAGUGAAAUGGUAUAAAGACGGCAAACAGCUGAUCUUAAGUAAGACCGUCCACGUGGAGACGAAGGGCAAAAUCCGUCAACUGGUGUUGGACAGUGUGGAGAAGAAGGACGCAGGAGAUUACACCUGUGAAGCUGGAAAUGAAAAGCUAGUAUUUAAAAUUCAGGUUGCAGAACCUCAAGCCACUUUCAUCAACAAAGAAACCUAUCAGAAGGAGGUCAAAGUUUCUGCCUCUCAGAAAGCCACGCUGAGCUGUGAAGUGUCCGACUCGAAAACUGAAGUGAAAUGGUAUAAAGAAGGCAAACAGAUGAUCUCCGGUAAGACCGUCCACGUGGAGACGAAGGGCAAAAUCCGUCAACUGGUGUUGGACAGUGUGGAGAAGAAGGACGCUGGAGAUUACACCUGUGAAGUAGGAAAGGAGAAGCUGGUCUUUAAGAUUCAUGUGGAAGAACCUCAAGCCACGUUCAUCAACAAAGAAACCUAUCAGAAGGAGGUCAAAGUUUCUGUCUCUCAGAAAGCCACGCUGAGCUGUGAAGUGUCCGACUCCAAAACUGAAGUGAAAUGGUAUAAAGACGGCAAACAGCUGAUCUCCGGUAAGACCGUCCAUGUGGAGACGAAGGGCAAAAUCCGUCAACUGGUGUUGGACAGUGUGGAGAAGAAGGACACUGGAGAUUACACCUGUGAAGUAGGAAAGGAGAAGCUGGUCUUUAAGAUCCAUGUGGAAGAAUCUCAAGCCACUUUCACCAACAAAGAAACCUAUCAGAAGGAGGUGAAAGUUUCUGUCUCUCAGAAAGCCACGCUGAGCUGUGAAGUGUCCGACUCCAAAACUGAAGUGAAAUGGUAUAAAGACGGCAAACAGAUGAUCUCCGGUAAGACCGUCCACGUGGAGACGAAGGGCAAAAUCCGUCAACUGGUGUUGGACAGUGUGGAGAAGAAGGACGCUGGAGAUUACACCUGUGAAGUAGGAAAGGAGAAGCUGAUCUUUAAGAUCCAUGUGGAAGAAGCUCAAGCCAUGUUCAUCAACAAAGAAACCUAUCAGAAGGAGGUCAAAGUUUCUGUCUCUCAGAAAGCCACGCUGAGCUGUGAAGUGUCCGACUCCAAAACUGAAGUGAAAUGGUAUAAAGACGGCAAACAGCUGAUCUCCGGUAAGACCGUCCACGUGGAGACGAAGGGCAAAAUCCGUCAACUGGUGUUGGACAGUGUGGAGAAGAAGGACGUUGGAGAUUACACCUGUGAAGUAGGGAAGGAGAAGCUGGUCUUUAAGAUCCAUGUGGAAGAACCUCAAGCCAUGUUCAGCAACAAAGAAACCUAUCAGAAGGAGGUCAAAGUUUCUGCCUCUCAGAAAGCCACGCUGAGCUGUGAAGUGUCCGACUCCAAAACUGAAGUGAAAUGGUAUAAAGAAGGCAAACAGCUGAUCUCCGGUAAGACCGUCCACGUGGAGACGAAGGGCAAAAUCCGUCAACUGGUGUUGGACAGUGUGGAGAAGAAGGACGCAGGAGAUUACACCUGUGAAGUAGGAAAGGAGAAGCUGGUCUUUAAGAUUCAGGUUUCAGACGUCUUUGCUAAAUUCCAGAAAAAAUCCAGUAUAAAGGAAACUAUCGCUGUGCAAGAAACUGAGAAUAUUGUUCUGACCACUGAAGUAACAACAGAACACGCUAACGUUAGCUGGUUCAGGGACGGCAUAGAGCUGAAGGAGGGUCAUAAAUACGAAAUGAAGAGGGAAGGUUUGUCUCAUGUCCUUAUUGUUAAGUCCUCUGAAGCAAAAGAUACAGGCACUUACGUGUGUCAGACAGCUGAGGACAAGAUGGAAUUCCAGGUUCAGAUAAAAGAAUCUCCAUUAAAAUUUGUAGUUGGCUUGGAGCCAGUGUCUGUUGCCCAGGGCAGUACCAUGACUCUGUCCUGCCAACUGAAUAGAGCUGCAGGGGAUGUCCUUUGGAAACACAACGGCAAAGAAAUUAAGCCUGGUGGCAGAUACGUCAUACGCUCUGACGGAGCUCAACGUUUACUGACCGUGUCGUCUGUAUCCCAGGAAGAUGAAGGAGAGUUCAGUUGCGAAUGUAAAGAUGACAAGACUAAUGCUAAGAUUACAACUAAAGCUCCACGUUUGGUGAAGUUCUUAUCCAAGUUGAACAAUGUCGUGGCAAACGAAGGCAAGGAUGCCAUCUUUAAAUGUUCCGUCACUCCUGCGGAUGUGAGCUUGAGAUGGCUGUUUAAUAAUGUGCCCGUCACCACCUCUGGGCCCAAAUUCAAGAUCGCUCACGGAGGCACCAGCCAUUCGCUCACGAUCACUGAAGUAACACUAGAGGACGUGGGAGAAAUCAGUGUGGAUGCUGAAGGGAAAGUGUGUAAAGCGACUCUGCAAGUGCAAAAGCUCCCUGUAAUGUUCAUAAAGAAGCUGGAGAACAAAACGGUCCAAGAGCAGGACACUGUGGAGCUUAAGGUUGAACUGAGUAGGCCGUCCACUGAGGUAAAGUGGAUGAAGAACGGCAUUGUGCUGCAGUCUGAAGGGAAUCUGAAUAUUAAAGUUGAUGGAGUUAAACAGUCUCUGAUCUUUAAGAGUGUGACCUGUGCUGACCGAGGCUUUUACUCUUGUGAGACUCUGGAUGACAAGACUCAGGCCAAACUGACAGUAGAAAUGAAGAAGAUCCAGAUCAUUAAGGGCUUGAAAGAGAUAAAAGUUCAUGAACAGGAGACGGUAACCAUGGAAGUGGAACUCAGUCAGCAUGACGUGGAAGCGUUUUGGACCAAAGAUGGCCAAAAACUGAGAGCAAGUCCCAAAAUCCUAAUGACCACUCUGGGUAAUAAACAUUCCUUGACCAUGUCCCAGCUGAAGAUGGAGGACAGUGGGAUGAUCGCUUUCCAGGCAGAAGGUGUCCACACCUCAGCAAAACUCAUCGUCACGGAACCUCCUGCAAAGAUCCUCAGACCGUUAGAAGAUGUGACUACUGCGGAAAAGGAAAAAGCCACCUUUGAGUGCGAAGUGUCCCGGGCGAAUGCUGACGUGAAGUGGUUUAAGAAUGAAGAGGAACUGAAACCAGGAAAGAGAUAUAUGAUUCAUUCUCAAGGUUGCAAGCGUAGCCUCCUCGUCCAGAAGUGUACUUAUGAAGACCAAGGCUUGUAUGUGUGCAAAACAACGGAUGACAACACGUCAGCCAAGCUGACCGUUCAUGCCCGUGACAUUAAGAUUAUUAAGCAGGUGCAGGAUUUGCAAGUGACUGAGAAAGAAAGUGCUGCGUUUGUCUGUGAGGUGUCGCACGAUGAAGUGGAGGGUCAGUGGUUUACGGGUGACGUCAAACUCAAAGCUGGGGACAACAUUAAAAUGAGACAAGAAGGGAGAACAUAUGUUCUACUGUUCAAAUCAGUGAAGCCUGAAGAUGCUGCUGAAAUCAAGUUUGUGGCUGAAAAGGCCUCGUCAGUGGCAAAGCUCACAGUCAAAGAAUUGCCUGUGAGAUUUGUAAAGAAGCUCAGAGACAAAAUUGCCAUGUACAAACACCGAGGGCACUUAGAGUGUCAGGUAUCUCGACCCAGUGCCACGGUCACAUGGUAUAAGAACAAGGACAAAAUCGAAGCCACCGAGAAGUACGAGAUCUCCAGUGAGGAUGUGUAUCGCAAGCUCACCAUCAAUGACGUGGACUCUGGGGAUGAGGCCACGUACACUUGUGAUGCUGUUGAUGAAAAGACAUCAUGCAAGCUGCUUGUGGAGGAGCAAGCCAUCAGCAUAGUCAAGGAGCUUAGCUCAGUGGAUGUGACCGAACCGUUCGCAGCUCACUUUGAGGUGGAAAUCAGCAUCGAAACGAUUAAACCAGUAAAGUGGUCCUUAAACGGAGAAAUUCUGAGCGAGAGCAGCGAGGUUGACAUCGAGAAGGAAGGCACCAUGCAUCGCCUCACGUUUAAGAAGACCAAAACAUCCAUGUCAGGAACUGUGCAGUUCACCGCUGGGAAAAGCAAAUCAACUGCUCAGCUGACAGUCAAAGAGCGUCCCAUCGAGGUGGUGGAGCCCUUGAAAAAUGUGACCGGCCAAGAAAAGGCCUCAGCCAAGCUGUCAUGCAGGCUAUCAGCUGUUCCUAAAGAAGUGUGUUGGUUUAAAGGUCAAACUGCUCUGGAGGCAUCCAGCAAGUACCUCAUGAAACAAAGUGCUGCUGAAGUGCAGCUGGUCAUCCAGGCAUUGAGUCCAGACGACGAUGGCGAGUAUCGCUGUCGCGUCGGGACCUGUGAGACCAAAGCCACUCUAACUGUUGAAGUGCGGAAAGUGCAGAUCACCAAGCGAUUGACUGAUGUGGAGGUUGAUGAAGGCGGUGAUGCUGUGUUUACCUGUGAGGUGAACUAUGCUGACGAGGAAGUAGAGUGGUUCCUUAAUGAUAAGCUUCUGUUCACCAACGAGGUUAAUUUUCUUCAACAUGUGAAUAAGACACAUACCCUCACCCUCAAGAACCUGGCACCUCAAGAUGGUGGGAAGAUCACAUUCAAGAUUAGAGAAGAGAAGCAGACUGUAUGCUUGAAAGUCAAAGAAAAGAAAGCAGUGUUCCUUAAGCUGCUAGAUGACGUGAUUGGAGAAGAAAAGGGCACUGUAAGUCUGAAAUGUGAAGCCUCAAAGCCUACAGUGUCCCCAAUUUGGAGGAAAGAUGGUACCAUCCUUUCUGCAGACAGCAAGCAUGAACUGUUGCACGACGGCAGGAUCCUAGGUCUCACUAUCCAGGACGUCACGCAGUCGGACUCCGGGGAGUACAGCUGCGAUCUUGGUACAGAUCUUACAAAAUCCAGGGUCACCAUUAGAGAUAUCAACAUUGGCAUCACAAAACGCUUGAAGUCCGUGGAGGCUAAAGCAGGUGAGACCUGCGUGUUCGAGUGUAUCCUCUCUCGAGAAAGCUCAGACGCAUGUUCGUGGAGCCUGAAAGGCCAACCUGUGACGAAUGGAGGACGUUUCCAGAUUAGCAGCAAAGGGCGCAAGCACACACUUAACAUCAAAGGAGUGACUGGGUCAGACUCUGGAGAGGUCGUUUUUACUCUCAAGGACUUGAAUUCGACAGCAAUGUUGGCUGUGAAAGGUGAAGUUCCUACCUUCUCUAAAGAGCUCAAGGAUGUUAGCAUUGCUCCUGGAGAAGAUGCUGUAUUCCUCUGUGAGCUCUCUCAGGCUGGCUUGGAUGUAAUCUGGUAUAAGAAUGGAAAGUCGAUCCAAAAGAGCCUAAAGUAUGAGAUGAUUCAGGAACAUAAAGUUGUGAAGCUGAUUGUUCACAGUGUUACUGCUAAGGAUUCUGGAGAAUACAGCUGUGAGGUGACCGGUGGGCCGAACUCAAAAGCUCAACUGGAAAUUAAAGUUCCUCCUGCCUUUUUUACUCGUGAGUUGGAGGACCAGAAGGCUUUGGAAAAGGAAAGUGUCACCUGGUGCUGCGAGCUGUCUAAACCAGGUAUAACGGUUCAAUGGCGCAAAGGGGAAGUAGACCUUUGUUCUUGCUCCAAAUACGAAGUCCGUCAAGAUGGCCACCUUGUCCAGUUGGUGAUCCAUGACGUUGACCCUGAAGAUUCUGGAGACUACACUUGUGACUGUGGAGAUCAGAAAACCACAGCACAUCUAGAAGUAAAGGCACUACCCAUUCUGUUUAAAAUACCUCUGAACAACCUGGAAGCUGAAGCUGGGGAAACCGCCGUAUUCCGGUGUGAACUUACCAAACCAGGAGCACAUGUAGUAUGGAGAAAAGAUCAAAAGAUUCUACGAUCCAGCAACAAACACCAAUUAAGGCAGGACGGAGUAGUGGUCGAGCUAUACAUCUACAAACUUCAGGAAGCAGACUCAGGAGAGUAUUCCUGUGAUUCUGGGUAUGAAACCACUUCUGCCCAACUCACGAUAAAGGAACUUGACAUUACUAUUGACACCGGGCUGAAGAGCUGCAUUGUCAAUGAAGGAGAUGAUGUGGCCUUUGAAUGCUUUGUAUCUCAUGACGCCGCCCAGAAUGUGAACUGGGAACUUCAGGGUGUUCCUCUCCAGAGCAACGAGAUGAACGUAAUCCAAGUGGAAGGCAAAAGGCACUCGCUUACUCUAAGGAGCGUGACUGAGAAAGACUCGGGCACCGUGUCCUUCCAUGUGGGAAGCCACACUUCGUUUGCUUGUCUCACGGUUAAAGCUGUCCCUGUGGUCCAAUUUACAAAUGACUUAAAGAGCCAGGAAGCUGUAGAAGGACAGCAAGCUACAUUAUCCUGUGAAACCUCGACCCCCGAUGCCCAUGUGAUCUGGAAGAAGGACAAAAAAGUCAUUUCUGAAGGAGACAAGUACACCAUUCAGAAGAAUAACACAACCCAAACUCUGGUGAUCUACCAGUUAACAGUGGGCGAUGCUGGAGAAUAUGUGUGUGAAGUCGGAGACAAACAAACCAAAGCCACCUUGAGCGUCAAAGAACAUGUACGAAUUACAAGAGAACUUAACGACGUCACAGUGACUACGGGCGAGGACGCCGUGUUCCACUGUGAGGUGUCCCAGACAGGAGUAACUAGUAUCGAGUGGUGGCUUGGCUCCAAUCACCUCCAAAACAAUGACUUGAAUCAGAUCAGCAGCCGAGGGAGGGAGCACAGCCUAGUGUUAAAAAUGGUCACGCCUGACGAUUCAGGUGAUGUGGCCUUUGUGGUUGGCUGUGAAAGGACGGUUGCUUCCUUGGUGGUGAAGGAUAAACCCAAAGAAUCCCAGAUCAUAUUCCGCAAGGAAUUGGAGAACCAAGAUGCUGUCGAGGGUGACAUGGUUACGCUCCGCUGUGAACUUUCUAAGCCCGGCAUUAAUGUAGAGUGGCGUAAAGGCGGAGUUAUCUUGCAACCCGGGAAGAAGUUUCAGCUGAAGCAAGCGGGAUGCUUACAAGAGCUUCAGAUAAACGACCUGAAACCAGAGGACAGUGGCUAUUACACUUGUGAUGCUGGAAAUCAGUUAACAACAGCUUCAGUUUCGGUGCAAGAGGCUGAGGUACUCAUUGUGUCUGGUAUAAAAAGCACUGAUGUCUUUGCGGGAGAGCAGGCAGUGUUCUCCUGCCAACUGUCUCGCCGUGCCAAAGGGAGAGUCCAGUGGUGGCUGGAUGGCACCCGUUUGGAGAACAGUCCCUUCAGUAUUAUUGGUGUGGGUGAAGACAAUAUUCACACCCUCACCCUAAAGAACCUGGCGCCAAGUGACUCGGGCACCAUCCUGUUCAAAACAGGGAGCUUGACAUCCUCGGCUAGGCUGUUAGUUAAAGAUCCUACUGUGGAGGUAGUCAGUGCCAUGGAGGAUAUCCACGUUGCAGAAAACCAGCCUGCAGAGUUCAUCUGCCAGUUCUCAAGGCCAGUAAGGGCCAUGUGGAAGCUAAACGGGCAGCCCGUGCAACCUGACGCCCACAGGCUUGUAGUGGAGCAAGACUGGACUGUAGCACGGUUGUACAUUAGCCGGGUAACCGCACAGGAUGUGGGUGUAUACUCCUGUGAGGCAGAAGGGACCCAUGUUGAGGCACACCUGAGGGUGCAAGCUAAACCGAUUGAGAUCAUUCAAGGCCUGGAUAAUGUGGAGACCAUUGAAGGUGGUGAAGCACUUUUUGAGUGCUCCCUAUCUGUGCCUGAGUCUAAAGACUGCCGGUGGUUGGUCGAUGGAAAACCUGUAAAGGAGUCCGAUAAAGUGGAAAUCGUUUGCUUCGAGAGUGGUCGUCGCCACCUUUUGCUGCUGAAGGACUUGAGAGCUGGAGACAACUGUACAGUAACCUUUCAGGCUGGCACUACCUCCACCUCUGCCCUUCUCACAGUCAAAGGGUGGCAACUGGAAGUGGUGAAACCUUUGGAGGACAAAACCGUUGUAGCUGGAGAGCCAGUGGAGUUCAUUUGUGUCCUGAACAAGCCUGUACCAGAGAAAGACGUAAAUUGGUACGCUAAUGGUUCAGAACUUCGGCCAGAUGACACAUGGGCGAUGAAGAACAAUGGAUGUGCAUGUACCCUGAUUAUGAAAAAAGCUCUUGUUCGGUCACCUCUAGAAAUCACGUUUGCUGCUCAGGAUGCUAUUUCAGUGGCCAAGCUAGUGACUAUUGGCGUACCAGACCCCCCUGAGGAUCCUGAGCUGGUCACUAAGGGACCAACUUCAGUGACCCUGUCUUGGUUUACACCUCUCAGUGAUGGUGGAAGCCCAAUCCUUGGAUAUCGCGUAGAGAUGCGGCAAGUGGACAGUGCUCUCUGGCAAUCCUGCCAUGCCGAACCAGUAUGCAAUACUGAGUUUAUGGUGGAAAACCUUAUUCCUGGCUCUGGAUACAGGUUUCGGGUGGCAGCUAUAAACCGUGCUGGUAUUGGUGACUCUGUCCAGCUUCCUCAAACUGUGACACUUGAUGCAACAGUGACUAUUGCCAAGAAGCUGAGUGUUUCUGAGCUCCAAAAGGGGAAGAUUGCCCGUCUGGAGUGUGAGCUUUCGUCUGAGAGUAAGCAGGUUGUCUGGCAAAAAGAUCAUCAAGAGAUUGAAAUGGGAGCCAAAUACCAGGCGGUCACAGAGGGCAAAUUCCAAAUUUUGCUCAUUAAGGAUUUUCAGCCUGCUGACCAGGGGACGUAUGUUUGUGUGGCCUCAGGAGAAGCGAAAACCUCGUUAUACCUUGAACUUAAAGGGGAUACCACAGUGAUAACUCAGCUUGAGGAAAGUGGCCAGCCUGGCUUGCCCCCUGAGGCUGCUUCUGAGGGUGAUCUGCAUGUUUUAUGGGAUGCACUGGCCAAGAAGCGGAGGAUGAGCAGGGAACCCACCCUGGACUCCAUUUCAGAGCUGCCAGAAGAAGAUGGCAAAGACAAGAUACAAACUCAGGAGGUUAAAGUUGUGGAGAAAGACCAUAUCAAAGAGAUGGUAAAACCCAUUGAAAUCAAACCAGAGUUAAAUCUAUAUACCAGUUCUGAAGAUGAGACUGUUGGUGGUUCUUCAAGUCUGGUGUCGUACCUUAAAAAGAGCAGCAGGUCCGCCAUCACGAUGUCCAGCGAAAGUGAAACCACUGCAUCUCAGAAGCUUUACGAACAUUUUCAAAUGACAGAGAAAUCUGUGCAGCAGACAAUGGCAUCACCACCAUUUGAGAUCUCAAAGGAGGACAAGGAUGAGCUGCAGGAAGCGGCCAUCAAAAUCCAAGCCGCCUUCAAAGGCUACAAAGCGAGAAAGGACAUGCGCCCAACCUUUAAAGAGGUCUUUAAGGACCAGAACAAAGAACCGAAUACGACCAUACAUCUUGAGUGUAUUGCAGACGGUAAACCAGACAAAGUCCGGUGGCUGAAGGAUGGUAAACCACUGGUAGAUGGCAAACACCACCACAUAGACAUAUAUAAUGAUGGGACUUGCUCUCUGAUCGUGCCAGCUGCUACAACUAAUGAUACUGGGCUGUACACUUGUGAAGUCACAAAUAAGUAUGGCGUCGCAUCCCACAGUGGAAAAGUCAUCAUUGGAUCCGUGCGAGAGUCCUCCGGACGUCGUCCGCUAACUCUUGGUUAUAGUGCGGACAGUGAGCCCGAGAGCUCCGGCAGCGAGAUGGACGAGUCUUUACGACAGGCAAGCAGGAGGCUCCAGAAGCUGCUUCGUACACGUCUUCCACCAAAUGUAGAAGAGGAACCUUUCCUAAGUGCAGACGAGGGUGACCUGCAGCCGCCGGAUCCGCAUUCGUAUCGCGAAGACGAUAGCUACAUCUACAUCCGUUUUGACACGCGCAGCGAAGCUCAGGUUGCGUCCCAGCGAUUCCAGGAGAUGUUCACACACCAGGGUGUGCCAGUAGACACCGCCAUUAUUGAAACCGGAACUAAGAUAGAACUUCGCAUCAAGAAGGUGGGAUUCAGUCAAGAUGGUUCCCGAACACCAACUGAAGAAAAGCCGAUUUUCGUGUCGGCAGCCCCAGUCUUCCUGACACAGCUCCAAAACCAGGAAGUCCCAGACGGAUACCCGGUCAGCUUUGACUGCGUGAUCAUCGGCAAACCUUCUCCUAGCAUACGGUGGUUCAAAGAUGGGAAAGUGCUACAAGAAGAUGACCAUUAUAUGAUCAACGAAGACCAGGAGGGCUGCCAUCAAUUGAUCAUUACAACUGUAAGGCCACUCGACAUGGGCGUAUACCGCUGCGUUGCUGAAAAUGACAGUGGCAUUGCUUCCAGCAAAGCGGAGCUUAGGGUGGAAAUGUCUUGCAGCUCUGACUAUGACACAGCAGCUGAUGCCACAGAAACGUCUUCGUAUAUUAGCGCUAAAGAUUACGUCUCUAGUUCUGAGCACAGAGACACAGAGGCGUUUGAAUCCGUGGUGGAGGACGAACAGCUUCCACAGGUGGUGGAUGAGCUACAUGACCUCUGUCUGAGUCCUGGAGCACCCAAUGCCAAGAUGAGCGUCAGGGUCAAAGGAUUCCCCAGUCCAAAAGUUUACUGGUUCAAGGAUGGAGUGGCGCUGACCCCAACAGACAGGGUUUUGCUGUCGACAGAGAGAGACGUGUACAGUCUGGAGAUUGCGGAGGUGAAGCGUGAAGAUAGUGGCGAAUAUUCGGUCUACAUCAGCAACGCAGCUGGAGCGGCCUACUCCUCCGCACGCAUGGUUGUACUUGUUCCAGGAGAGCGCAUACCUGAGACUCUGAAGAUUAGAGACUCCAAAGAGCCUCUGGUACCUCCACGUUUUCUCGAAAAGUUCUGCAACCGGACGGUGAAACAAGGAGCGAGCAUCACACUGUCUGUUAAAGUGGAAGGCUCUCCAACUCCCUGCGUGAACUGGCUGAAGGAAGAAGCACUGAAGGACGUUAUGUGGAUUAAAGCAGACACUCCCGGAUACAAGAUUGCCAGCUCUGGCUUUCAGCACAGCCUUAUUCUAAUGGAUGUAGGAAAGGAGCACGGCGGCACCUACACCUGCAUCGCCAGCAACCGCGCUGGCCAGUCGGUCAACACCGCCCGCUUGGACGUGGACCAGGGUUUGACCGCAUUCCCGAAAGGACAGCAGAGCAUCGUUACACCAGACAUUUGCGGGAUUACAAUCAGCCCCCCAGAGGAAGAAAGCAAAGGAGAGCCCAAACUUCCCUACCUGCCUGGAGUGGAUACUGCCGAAUUCUUACAGAAGCUAACCUGCCAGAUCACGGAGAUGGUCUCUGCCAGGAUCACACAAGACAGCAUACAGAACCAUCAAGUGCUCCAGUGGAUGAAAACAUGGCCCAAAGUGACCACCUCAUUACGUGUGCCUGGAGCUGAUAGUGAUGAUGAGAGUAAGACUCCAUCUCCGUCUCCUUUCCACGGACGCUCGCGUCCUGCUUCGCUGAUUGCUGACUCUUCCUCGGAAUCCGACGAGGGUGAAGCCCGAGGAGAGAUGUUUGACAUCUACGUAGCGAUAGCGGAUUAUAACCCUAUGGGACUGAGUAAAGAGAGCGUCGCUCUAAAGGAAGGGCAGUACGUGGAGGUCCUGGACUCUGCUCAUCCACUCAAAUGGCUCGUGAGAACUAAACCCACUAAAACAACACCCUCACGUCAAGGCUGGGUCUCUCCAGCAUACCUAGAUAAGAAGCUGAAGGUUUCUGCAGAUACAGUAGAAGUUCCAGAGACCACAGGAGAGGAGGUCUCUGAAGGGGAGUACAAAAGGAAGCUCUGCCAACUCAUCCAGGAGCUCAUUAGCAGUGAGAAGGAGUUUGUAAAGGAGAUGGACUUUGUUACAUCGCACCAUCUGAAGCAUAUUGACGAAGAGAGCACGCCUCCUGAAAUUCGCACUCACAAGGACGCCAUCUUCCGCAACAUCAGUGACAUCAAUUCAUUCCACAGCAGUUCUUUUCUACCUGGGCUGGAAGACUGCGACACAGAUGACGACAUCGCCAUGCGCUUCCUAAAAAACACAGAAGGAUUUGAGAACUAUCUGCAGUACUUGGUAGGUCAGGCUAAAGCCCAGGCUACCGUUAGUGAGAAAGAUGUUCACAAGUAUUUCAAGAACUACACAGAUUCGGAGUUGGCGAAUGUGGAUCCUGCAGAAGGGCCGGUUCGGAGUGUGAAUAGUUAUCUUCAGAGACCACUGGAGAGAAUCCAGAAAUACAAGGACCUCUUAAAGGAGAUGAUUAAAAAUAAGGCAAGGAACGGACAGAACUGCUGUCUUCUAGAAGAGGCCUAUGCUAUGGUUUCUUCUCUUCCCACGCGCUCGGAAAACACGCAUCACGUCUCCCUCAUCGAGAACUACCCUGCCAACCUGGAAGCCUUAGGAGAGCCUAUCAGACAGGGCCCCUUUAUAGUGUGGGAGGGUGCUCCAGGAGUCCGAACCUCUUCAAGAGGCCAUCACCGUCACGCCUUCCUCUUCAAAAACUACAUCAUCAUCUGCAAACAGAAACGAGACACGAACUCAGACAUCCAAACGUACACGUUCAAGAACAUGAUGAAGCUUACCAACAUUGACGUGAACGAGACUGUGGAAGGAGAUGAGAGGGCGUUCGAGAUCUGGCACGAACGUGAGGACUCGGUGAGAAAGUACACCCUGCAGGCACGGACCGUCAUUCUGAAGAACUCCUGGCUCCGUGAACUCCGCAACCUUCAGCAACGCUACAGUAUGCCAGCAUGGAGUCCACCAGACUUUGAGGCAGUGUUGACUGACUGCACAGCAGAAUUGGGACAGACGGUCAAACUGGCUUGUAAAGUCACAGGAUCUCCUAAACCCGUCGUGGCCUGGUUUAAAGACGGCCGUGCCGUAGAAGUUGACCCUCACCACAUCAUUAUCGAGGACCCUGAUGGUUCCUGCACUCUUAUCCUGGAUAACAUGACUGCUGAUGACUCUGGCCAGUACAUGUGCUUCGCCACCAGUGCUGCAGGAAAUGCAAGCACCCUGGGCAAGAUUACAGUACAGGUACCGCCACGCUUUGUCCACAAGUUGAGAAACGUUUCCUUGAUCGCAGGGGAGGAUGCUCAGUUCACUUGUACGAUACUAAGUGCCCCACGUCCAAAAAUAAGGUGGUUUAAGGAUAGCAAGCUGCUAACAGACCAGGAAAAGUAUCAAACCUACAGUGAGCCACGUAGUGGAGUGGUGGUUUUUGUUAUUAAGAACCCUGGAGAGAAAGAUCUGGGGCGCUAUGAAUGUGAGUUGUCUAACCGGCUGGGCAACGCAAAGUGUGCAGCAGAGUUGGUUCUUCCUACCUUAGCGAUGGCAGGAGGAGAGCAGGCCAUAUCUAUUGAAGUUACAGAGCAAGAGACUAAAAUCCCAAAGAAAACCAUCAUAAUAGAGGAGACGAUCACCACUGUUGUGAAGAACACUCGAAUGAAGCGCCACGCUUCUCCUCGCACAUCCUCCAUGGGAGUUUACCGCUCCGAAGCCUCCACCCCUGACCCCCCUCGACCGAGGAGGACACUGGCUAGAAAAACUGUCCCCACAUUGUACGUCACAGAACCAGAGGGCACCGCAGCCAAGAACCCCAAAUGGGUCGAGGUGGAAGAGAUAAUCGAGUAUAAAGUGAACAAGUCACCAAAGCUGCCGAGGAGAAGAGGCGCUUCCCCCAGCAAGAGACAACCUCCUGAGAACCCUAACCUUAACAACUCCAACAACAAGUUAAUGGAGGCAUUGCAAUCGUCAGAGGCUGGUGUGGAUUCACAAACGUUUUCUUGGGAAGCUGAGUCAUUAAGCGAGUUGGAAACGUUAGAUUCUCCAGAAGUGGAAGUCGUGGAUUUUGAUCAGCCGUGCGUCUUGACUGAAAGCGACGAUGACACAGAAGAUAUUCAGGCACGUGGGGGGUGUAGUAAAAAAAUCUUAGAUGACGGGAAUAAAGUGUUUUCCCUGGAAGACCUGGAGGAUUAUGUUCCUAAAGAAGGGGAGACAUUUGGUUGCGGAGAUUCACAAGUUCCUGAAGAGAAACCAUGUGAAAUUUCUGUUCUGCAACGAGAAAUUAACGAACUCACCGUCGGCCACCCUGUCCUGCUAAACCUGGGCUGUCCAGUAAUGAGCCCAAAGGUCCGUCCUGGGUUCUUCAGUCGCGUCAAGGAGCACUUCUCUAACGUCUUUUCCGACCACUCUCCACCUGGGACAAGCGGAGAGAAAGUUGUCCCGAUUCGUGUUGGCGGGGUGUCCUUCGGCCAGUCUGAGUCCUUUCCCGGGUCCUCGAGAAGUCACGCAAAGGUGGAAGUAACUCGAAGGUACUGCUCCGAGGUUCAGCGAGGGAUUGGGGGUGCUAAGCAGAGUUUCAAAGCUCAAAUCUCUGCACCGGUUGGACAACCGGUCACCGUUCAGAUCCCCAAGAUGAACCAGUCUGGAAAACCGUAAUCAAGAAGAAACCAACAGUCAGGGCCUGACAAUAUUGCUACCUAUUGUACCCGUUUUGUCUUAAAGCCCUGUCAUCUUUCUCCUAACUCGUUUCUGACUUCUAGCUCUAGCUUUUGUGGUCACUGGUCAGAGUCAGGAACAUGUAUGAGAAAGGUGACCUCAGGGUAACUCCAUGCACUGACAAUGUUUGCAAUCUACAGAUUGAGGAGCCUUCUGAUUUGUACAACUAGAAUGUACACAUUUCAGUCAGCUUCCUUCCUUUCCUAGUACUAGCAACGUCAAUGUUUAACACAAUCAAAACAAACUGUAUUUACCUCCAAAAAGAUUUCCCUAACAUGGAUAUACAUCACAGAACAGUGACUAUAGUGGAAUUUUUUUGUUAAUGUCAACAGAUCAGAGAUAUGGCCAGAUGUUGCAAGUCUGAAACUAUGAACCGUUGACGUACAGUACAUAGCUGGCAAAGUGUUAGCAUCGCUUGUCUAGCGUCCCUGUUUUGCUCAAGUACUUGAACGAUUCAUAGCAUCCGGUCACCUUUUACUUGUUUGCUUACAUCUGAUGGCAUUAACAACAUUUUUAAGGAAUUGUUUAGGAAUUUUAACAAAUGUCAGAAGUUUUUAUUUAUUAAAGUGUUGACGGAUUUUUUUUUUUCUAGCUAACAAUUUCCGUUAACUGAUUCUCUCUUUUCAAAAAUACAAUAAUAUGCAAGCAAAGGUUUCUCUGGAUACCUGGAAGUGAACCUUUUUGACAAUCUCUGAAUAUAAAUUUUUAAUCAGGCUUUUAUUCAGCUACAGAUUUUUGUUUUGUCUUUGUGUAGAAGUUUGAAUUAUUGUUUAGAUUUCAUUGCUCUGGGACUGUUGAUCAUUUUGCUUAGCCAAUUUUCCUGCACAGAGUAUUUUUUUUUUUAGGGGUUUGUUUGUUUUGAUCCAUCCAUGGGUUGAUGAAGGCUUUUAAGCUAAACAAUUCAAUGACGAGUCAAGUUUCAGUAACGGGAUCAUUCCAUGUUUUCCAGAAGGUCCUGAAAUGCCCUCGCUUAGGGCAACUAGGGUCAAAAACUGAGUUAUAUACACUGAGAAUGGGUUGAGUCUUGGUACGUUAAUCGUGGUAUUUAACAUGUCUCGGUAUAUCACCCAAAUGCCAUGAUAAAUGAGCAUCCUUGGGUUUACCAUUUAAUGCCUUCUAUUUAAAACGGUACAUGACCUGAUCAACCCAACACCUGAUACAGCAGCACCGCAAACACAACCUUAUUGGUAUUGCAGUAAAUAUCAUGUUGGCAUGUCAAUGUGUACCUAUAAAGUUCAUCUGUAUAAUAGGUGUAAUCGUUAAACUGGUGAUUAUACUCCAUGUAUAAUAAUUUAAGCUCUGUUUUAACUGUGGAAAGUGGGAUUUUUGGGAACGUUUCAUGCUCUGGAUAAUACAAAAGUGUUCAGUAACACUGCAUGUUUUGAGAGCGUGUCCAAAUGCAUUUCCAUAACGUAUUUAUGAAUGAAGAAAUCUGAGUAUCUAUCUCUUGUUAUAGUUACUGCAGAGAUUUGAUUCAGCUUGAACUGGGGUUGGUUUAAGGUUGCAAAACCUCUUGGCAUGAAUUUUAUUAUUAUUAUUAUUAUUAUUAUUAUUAUUAUUAUUAUUAUUAUUAUUAUUAUUAGAGAAAUCUUGUAGUAGAUCUUUUCCCAGAUAUGUGUACUACGUUUUACUGAACUGGUGUUGGAUGCAUUUUCUGAAAUACAGCUAGAGAAAAAGUCUUUUAACCAAAUACAUGUUUGGGGCGUGAGUGUCUGGGAAGAGUAAAGACAUCUAGUUUAAAUGACUGUAUAAACUCUGAAUAAAUAAAGCGU